GGUACUGGAGCGAACGGCGUCGCCGUAUCCCAAACUCACUCCCAGUCUGGCUCGGCGAUGCCCACUCCCGAUCUCACCACAGGCGGCAAUAGCCCACGGACUAGCUCCUCGCAGGAAACUAACGACACUACCCUCGAACAGAAUGAGGGUUACAUCGUGGAACAAUUCAGCAAGACUAGUCUCCACGACACUGCCGAACACGAUACGGCCCAGGAGCCAGCCAUCUGACGCAUUAAAAAGCCUUCAUCUUUAUUGAUACCCCCGGGCGACUGAUUGAACAUUUGUGAUGGGGGGGAUUUACCGCCACCCCUCCAGCGACAUACAUAUGGAUAUGAUACGAGCAAAUACUGGAGCCAACGCUCCUGGUCCUGUUCCACUGUACUCUAAUCGAUUACUGGGCUCAUCACCCCUUGUUUUUUAACCUUGGGUCCAUUCAACGACGCACCUUCGAUGACUUCUUGGAUAUACAUUAGCUACACUUGAGCGGGCCAUAUGGUGUGGACAACAGAAGGAAAAGAAUUCUUAUCACGGAAAUAUUGCUUGGCCAGGGUAUAAGGCGUAGUAGCAAGAUAUAGUCUUGACGGUAUUGGAUAAAAUUCACGGCCUUAAUGUCUUCUGGGUUCUCAGAAGAAGAAAAAAAAUUCUCAGGAGUUUGACAUUGUUAAAAUGGAGUUCUUAUUUCCUUCUAUUUGAUUUCGGUGGACGUCAUUGGCGGAUUGGAUUGUAUACGUGGUCUUGAUCUUCACGUCCUAUGGGCAUCUAGGAGGAGCCUGAAGACUUACUUUGGUUUUUCUCUCUCUUUCGAUCGUACUCCCUGUUCUUUCCAGUAUGCUGAACUAUAUUGAAACUUCUGAGGAGUCAAUGUGUUUGUCUGACUUGGUAUAAUAUACCCGGUCUCUCUCGCCUCCAGGGCUCUGCUCCUAGGGUUUGCCGUGGUUGGUACUACUGCCUACUGCAGUACUGGAUUGUGUUGAUACUUUCAGACUGUGUUUUGGAUAGAAUGGAAUGGCAUGAUAGGUACAAGGACUUUCGUAUGUCGGAAAAGGCUUUCGGGAUUUUUCCUUUUUCCUUCUCUCUUAUAGUCAUGCGUUAGUGCUUGUUCAAUUUGGCAUGAACAAAUCCAAGACAGACAUAUUCUCCGAC